AUGGAACAUUUUCGAAGAUCCAAAGAGCACUGGGGUAUUGUGGAGAUUGUUUUCACCGAACCAGCAAGGGGAACAACAUUGACAAAUGCAGAGACUAAGGUUCUUGAUGAGCAGAGAUUGAAGAACUUGAAGGCAAAAAAUUAUCUGUUCCAAGCAAUAGAUCACGCCAUACUGGAAACCAUAUUAAAAAAGGAUAAUGCUAAAGAUAUAUGGGAACCAAUGAAAAAGAAAUAUCGAGGCACAGAAAGGGUGAAAUGUGUAAAACUUCAAGCUCUUCGCAAAGAGUUUGAGAUCCUGUACAUGAAGAAAGGGGAAUCGUCAAAGGACAUCGAUAGUCUUUCAAUUGAUGAGUUGCAAAGUUCAUUGUUGGUCUAUGAGCCGUGGAUGACUAGUCAUGUUGUGGAAGAGCAGGCCUUGAAAGUUAAUAUUAAUGGAGCAACAUCUCUUGGAAGAGGUAAAGGGUGUGGUGGAUUUAGAGGACGUGGAAGAGGUAGAGGACGUGUAUCAACACACAAUCAACAAUAUGACAAGGCUAAUGUUGAAUGCUAUCACUGCCACAAGCUUGGUGAUGUCUGGUACUUGGACUUUCGGUGCAGCAAUCAUAUGAGUGGUAAUAAAUUCUUAUUCUCUAAAUUAGAUGAAAAUUUUAGAGAAAAUAUAAAGCUUGGAAACAAUGCUAAUAUCUAUACAAUUACUGGAGUAUUCUAUGUUCUAGAGUUGAAAAGCAAUUUGAUUAGUCUUGGCCAUCUACAAGAGGAUGGAUUUUCUACAAUUACUCAAAGGGGAAUGUGCCAAAUUCAUAAUUCUGAAAAAGGAUGUAUUGCACGGGUCAUCAUCGCAAGUAAUCUUAAGUUUCCUUUGGAAACAAAAACUCAACUUAUUGAUGGGGCAUGUUAUGCAUCAACUAUGAAGACACAACAUGGCUAUGGUACUAUUGUUUCGGGCAUUUGA